AUGGGGAACCCGCCGGAGCUGUACCACAAGAUCCUCAACAUCCCCAAGGACACCUCGCCGCAGGAAAUCCGCGCCGCGUACAAGAACCUCGUCAAGAAAUGGCACCCCGACAAGCACCCGCCGUCGUCCAAGGCCGAGGCCGAGGCUCGCUUCAAGGCCAUCAGCGAGGCCUACGAGGCGCUCCUGGACCAGCAGGAGAACAGGGCCGUGUUCGGGCUGUGCAACGACGGCCGGGCCGGUGAGAGGGCGGGCGGCGCGUUCGGCGGCAGCGGAGGCCUCGGCGCCGGCGUCGGGCCGCGCAUGGAGAGGACGCGCAGCGACGAUUUCUGCACGAGGAGCGCGCCCGGCACGCCGGCGAGGGAGUUCAAGAAGGUGUACAGCUCCGGCAACUCCGGCGGGCGCCGCGCUUUCGCCGAGUUCUCCAGCUCCAUCAUGCGCAAGGCGCCGCCGCUGGAGCGCAAGCUCGAGUGCACCCUCGAGGAGCUCUGCCGCGGCUGCAAGAAGGAGGUCAAGUUCACCCGCGACGUUGUCACCAAGAACGGGUCAAUCGUCAAGAAGGAGGUGACGCAGAUGGUGCUGGUGAAGCCAGGGUGGAAGAAAGGAAAGCAGAUCGUGUUCGAAGGCCUGGGGGACGAGCGGCCAGGGUGCCUCCCCGCCGACGCCAUCUUCACGGUGUCGGAGAAGAAGCACCCGACGUUCAAGCGGGUGGGCAACGACCUGGUGCUCAAGGCGGAGGUGCCGCUGGUGAGCGCGCUCACGGGCUGGUCCUUCUCGUUCCGGCUCCUCAGCGGCAAGAAGGUGAGCUGCGCGUUCCACGAUGAGAUCAUCUGCCCCGGGUACGAGAAGGUGAUCAGCGGCGAAGGCAUGCCGAUCCCCGAGCACAAGGGCGCGCGCGGCGACCUGAAGGUGAAGUUCGAGAUCGUCUUCCCCAAGGAGCUCACCGACGAACAGCGCGCCGGCCUCGCCGAGAUCCUCAGAGGGUCCUGCUGA